CUAACUCAUAAAUGUGUAGCAUUUUACAUUUCCAUAUGAUAAAUACCUUUCUCUCCUUUGGGUUACCAUAAUUCCUUGAAAAAAAACUCUUCCCCUCUCGUUGUCUCAGAGAUGAAGAACGGGAAGAUGACUAGGGGUUUCAUGUGCCGGUCCACAUCGGUAAACGCCGCGUGCAUGGCGGUCGAUCCUCGCUCCGUCGUGAUGCCGAGAAGAAGGCUCGACAGACUCCUCAUAGACGAUCACGACAAAAGGUUAAUCAACGACAAUGCUAGGUAUUCCAGGCUCGUUGAGCCUCGACGAUUUGUUGGAGCUGACAUGAAGAGACCAAAGCACCUUCAGCAACCGGUUCAAGUAGCUUCAUCGGAGCUUGUUUUUCAGGUGGUUGUCAUGCGGGUGUCCAUUCACUGUCAAGGUUGUGCUGGUAAAGUGAAGAAACACUUAUCCAAAAUGGAAGGGGUUACAUCGUUCAGCAUCGACGUUGAGAGCAAGAGGGUGACGGUGAUGGGGCACGUAUCGCCGGCGGGGGUUUUGGAGAGCAUCUCGAAGGUGAAAAAGGCCGAGUUCUGGCCUUGUUGAUGACAACCCAUUUACUUGAAAAAGGAAAACUGAGUGGGAAUUUGGGUAAAUUUCAUUUUAAUGUUAGUGUGGUCCUUAGUCGACUGGGUAGGUGUGCGUUUUGGAAUAUGUGAGAAUUGUGAAGUGAUGGAUGUGGACGUUGCAUGCAUGUUUUGACAAUGAAAUUUAUUUUUAUUA